AUGAUCCGCCACCAGGACGACCACCUCAUCCACUGCCAGCGGUGUCAAGACCAACUGCAAUACCUCAUCAAUGAGGUGAAAGACCAUCACAUCACCCGUGGAUCGUUACUGAAGCUCGUCGAGCACGAGACCGAAUCAUCUGUACCGGCGAGAGCAGUGGGAGCCAGCAUCUUGCCGACUCCGUUCCCCAAAGCCCGGUAUGAUGAGGCCAUCGAGCUGCAGCAGGCGUAUUGCGAGCUCUAUAUGCGAGUCGCAUCAGACCCGGACUGGCUGUACAAGGUGCUGGAGCCACUGAAGAACCAUGACCGCUUCUUUGAUGUCCUGUGGGAGGUCUACGAGAAGGUCCGUGAAGCGGGUGCUGUACAGAAUGUCGUCUGCUGUGUCUUCAGAAACGACUACAUGAUUCAUCAACCACCAGAUCAGUCCGAAGCAGAACUGAAGCAAGUCGAGAUGAACACCUUCUCGUGUGCUGGUGCCGCCCACGCCGAGAGGAUUGCGAAUGUGCACAAGCAUCUUGCUCGCGUGCGUGAUUGCGAGACAGGCCCUUCAUCCAGCAGCAGCACGGCUCUCCCAAGCAACGGCAACGUCUCCUCCAUCGUCGACAUGCUCCAGACCGCCCACACCAUCUACACAUCCAGAAACCCCACUCCCCACCAGAAAUGCAUCCUCAUCACCGUCCAGCCCUUCAACUUCAACGUCGCCGACGAACGUCCCAUCGAGCUCGCCCUCUGGGACGCCAACAUCCCCUGCUACCGCGUCGAAUGGCGGACCCUCGUGUCCCACACCACUCUCACCUCCGACCAUACUCUCCUGUUCAAACCACCUUUCGGCUCCGCCGAACGCGAAGUCAGCGUCCUCUACUACCGCGGCGGCUACGUGAUCGAAGAAUACAAGCCCUCCGGCCGCGAGCUCCGGAUCCGCCUCGAAAUCUCCCGCGCCAUCAAAUGUCCCGACAUCCUGACCCAUCUCGCGGGUUUCAAGACCGUGCAAGCAGCUCUCACGGAAUCCGGCGCCCUUGAACGCUUCCUCCCAGACCAACCCGAGAACGUUCAGCGUAUCCGCCGCACCUUCAUGCACAUGCAAGCCCUAGACACCACACCCCGCGGCCGCCACUUCCGCGCCACAGCGACCUACGAACCGUGCUCCCUCAACCAGCCCGCUGUACAUAUGCCUUCACAGCCCAGUGACCCCGGCGGCGGGGGCUGGGUCCUCAAACCCAACCGCGACGGCGGCGGACACAACGUCUACCGCGCCGCCAUCCUGCCGUUCCUGCGCUCGCAGCCGGAGGAGGGUUGGGGGAAGUAUACCAUGAUGCAGAUGAUUGAGCCGCCGGCGACGGAGGGGACGUUGAUGGCGAGCGAGGGGUUGUAUCAUGGGGCUGUGAUUUCGGAGUUGGGGGUCUUGGGGACGUGUGUUUGGGAGAGGAAGGAAGGUGGAGGGGUGGGGGUGGUGAUGAAUGAGGUUGGUGGAUGGACGUUCAAGACGAAGCCGGUGGGCGUGGAUGAGAUGAGUGUGGUCAAGGGUUUUGGGUGUUUCGACUGUCCGAUGCUUGCUGACUGA